AUGGAUUUAGGAGCAAACAAACUGACAGGCAUUAUCCCACGUUUCAUAGGAAACAUGUCCUCUUUAAAUGUCAUUGAACUGUCCGAAAAUAGACUCCGAGGUAGCAUUCCAGCUGAGUUGGGUAGUCUUAGUCACCUAAACUGGUUCAGUCUCAAAACUAACAAGUUAACAGGAUCAAUCCCCGUUGCCCUUUCAAAUUGCACUCAUCUCCAAUUGUUAGUUCUAUAUGAGAACCACUUAAACGGCCCAAUUCCAUGGGAGUUUGGUAGGCUGUCAAAGUUGCAAGUAGUGUAUUUGUGGGCAAAUCAACUCACCGGAGAAAUACCCAGCUCACUGGGUAAUUGGACUCAGGUGCAACUGCUUGGUUUAGAGCGCAACAAACUCAGCGGCACAGUGCCUCCGGAAUUCGGUAGAAUGCGGCAGCUGAGAAUAAUUAAUUUGUGGCAUAAUCAUUUUGUAAGCGGAAGCAGUGGUUUAUCUACUCUAACAGUAUUAAGUAAUUGCUCCAGCUUGGAAGAUCUUGAUCUGGGAUCUAACAUUGUCACUGGCGUCUUGACCACUUCAGGGAAAAUUCCAGAAAGUUUUGGUCAAUUAAAAAGACUUGGAUUUCUGGAACUCAGCGAGAACAUGCUUUCAGGGAAGAUUCCAGUUAGUUUUUGCAACCUUCCACAAUUAAGAAGGCUUUAUCUUGACAACAAUCAGCUAUCAGGGGAAAUACCUGCCAGUUUAGGAAGAUGUCAGACAUUGGAAAAGGUAGACUUGGCGUACAACAAACUAACGGGAAAUAUGCCUCCCGAAGUUGCAGGUCUUCCGAAUUUUCUAUUCUAUUUCAACGUUUCUGGAAAUUCACUACAAGGUUCUAUUUUGGAAAUGAGCAAAAUGGUUAUGGUUUUAGUUAUAGAUAUAUCUCACAACAACUUUUCUGGUAGCAUUCCAAGUGCAAUGGCAAAUUGCAAAGGUUUGGAAUAUCUAAAUCUUUCUUGGAACACAUUUGAGGGGACAAUCCCUGCAUCACUGGCAAAUCUCCAAAAUCUGAAGUACAUGGAUCUUUCUUGCAAUAAUUUGUCAGGAACAAUACCAUUGGCUAUCAAAAAGACGAUAAUGCUCCGGCAUCUCAAUCUCUCUUCAAACAAGCUAACUGGAGAGGUCCCAAAGGGAGGAGCUUUUUCAACACUUGAUGCCUCACAAAUUAUGGGAAAUCUUGGCCUCAGUGGUGGAUGGGUAAACUUGCCGCCCUGCUCUCAUUUGAAAUGCAAACAACCAUCAGUGUCAAAAAAGGUAUUAAUUCCUAUUAUAGUCGGCACUGCAAUUUUCAUCUUGUCUCUUCUAUUGGUAGCAUUUUCCUAUAGAUGCAGACGUUCCCUUACCCCUCCUCUCAAAGUGUGGCCUCUAAAAAUUACAUACGAAGAACUUGUAGACGCAACUGAUGGGUUUAGUGAUGAAAAUCUCUUAGGAAUUGGCAGUUUUGGGUCCGUUUAUAAACGGAUUCUUAUAUAUUGCUGUUAA